UGAACCUGGGGAAAGGCUCAGGGCCUAAACAACUAGCCUCCGCUUUUUGUUAUUACAUAUGUGCACAACGACAAACCUUCUCCACCUUCUCCUUUCGCGGGAAUGAUACAUGCGACCGGAACCGUAGACAGCAUCGUGGCUACCCAACAUGUCGUCCUCCUCGAGCGCGUCGCAGCCGUCGUCCGGCAGACCUGAGAGAAUCGACCCCGUCUUGCGCAACGCGCUUCGAUACACAGUGAGCCCGAGGGAAUACCAACUACUCCAUCAGUACCUCCUUUCCCGCGCACCGGCCGUACGCAAGCGAACACUACCUCCACGGAAGUACGAUGCCAUCGCGAAAGGAUUAGACGACUACAAUGCUGCCGCGAUCCGCGCAUCGUUGCGACUCGCCGUGGUGACGUACUCGGGCCUCAAGGCGUGGGACCUCAUCAAGUCCAAGCUGCUGUCGCGAGGGGCAGCACCCCCGAGUUCGCAACGCCGGACAGCUAUCUGGAAGUCGCCCAAUGUCCGUCUGACAUGCUCUCUAUCCCUUAUUCUCCUAUUCCAUAGACUGUUGCGCCGCUUCUUCACACGCCUGCGCGAGAGUCUGCUCACCAACGAGGCAAAAGCAUUUCGACGGCGCAACCCCCGGAUAGCAAAAUCAUUGACGUCUCGUGUUGCGCCCGCAAUUGGAUCGAGUCUGGCGGGUUUCCUACUCGCCGUGUGCCCCGGAGACCAAUUGCGAAUCACGAUUGCCAUCUAUGUCUUCACACGAGCGUUGGAGUUCUGGUACAACUACCUCGACGACCGGGGCUACUUCAAGAACAAACCGUCGUGGUUUGGAUCCUGGAUGAUCAUGCCCGUGGCGUGCGGCCAACUGCUCCACGCCUUCGUCUUCGACCGGGACUGUUUCCCCAGCGCAUACGGGAAGUUCAUCCUGAACAACUCCCCCGAAUACAUCCAAAAGAAGCCGCAGGACUAUCCCCCGGAGCUGAAGUUCCCAGGAACCUUCGACAUCGUCGACAGCCUCGCCCAGAUCUCCAAACUGAAAUGGCCCGCCUUCGUCUCCCCCAUCCUGUUCCCCGUAUCCGAGACCCUCCCCCGCAGCCUCACAUCCAUAUCCCCCAUCACCUCGCCCGCACACCCAGCCAUCAAAUCGCUCUCCUGCGCGCUCCUCCACCCCAACGACCCCUCCUGCGUCCGCACCUACAUAUCCUACUGGAUCCAAGCCUUCCCGAAAGUCGCCCGCUUCUUCACCAUAAUCUACGCCGCCAUGUCCAUCACCCGCUGGCGCUCCUUCCUCGACUCCCCCGUCACAGCCGUGAAUCGCCUCGCGAAGAGCAUCCUCCGCAUGUCGCUCUUCAUCUCCGGCGCCAUCGGCACAAGCUGGUCCUCCAUCUGCCUCUUCCAGCGGCUCCUGCCCCGCAACUUCCUGCCCACGCAGCGCUGGUUCCUCGGCGGCUUCCUCGGCGGCCUGUGGGCGUUCCUCGAGCGCAAGUCCGGCCGCAGCAACUUCCUGUACUCGGCGCGCAUGUCCAUCGACUCCCUGUGGAAGGUCGGCGUCAAGCGGGGCUGGUGGAAGGGCGUAAAGAAUGGUGAUGUCCUGCUCUUUGCCGUCAGCCUUGCGACCGUCAACGUGCUGUACGAGAUCUCGCCCCGGUCCGUCAACAGUGGGGUUGCGAGGAAGGGGUUGGGGGUGUUGAGGGGGGAGGGCUGGGUUGACAGGGCGGCGCUGCCUAGGAGGGAGAGGGAGGCUGCUGAGGAGUGAUGUUUACAUUACGUACUUCGUACUUCGGUUGUUUUUGGUUUUGAUCGAGGUUGAGGUGGGUUGAGGUGUGUGUUUUGCAUUGAAAGGAUUUGAGGAGCGGGAGGGGAUUGCAUCUGUACUGUGGGAGAUAUAUAUCAAGGCGUUUUGUUUUGGGAACGAGGGGAUUGUUGAUACGAUUGAUUGGAUGUUUCACAUGCCCGGCUCUUUUAUGAGGAAGUUUAGUGUAGCAUGUAGGAGCGCUGUAUUUAGGUAACUGUCUAAUUCUAUUUGAUGCCCCUUGGGUCUUACUACUUGAUCACUGUAGCUGUAGCUCAAGUUCGAGAUAUUGCAAUUGAUGUCUUGAAGUCUUCACUUGUUGGCUAUGAACACGAUC